UAUUGGAGCCCAGAUUUCGAUCGCUUUACGUUUUCACCUCGGUCUAUCGGCGAUGGAAAUGCCUACAUGUCUGCUUCGAUGACUAUGUUCAAUGAUCUUGGUUUUACUGAGCGAUAUAGGAUCAAUAAAAAGAAAUUGGCAUCUUUUCUUCUUCGCGUCGCUCGAGGAUAUCGCGAGGUUUGUUCGUAG